AACUUGCCCAACGUGUUCUCUCGUUCUCUUUAUCGAAAAAGAAGAAACGCGUGAUUAUAGAAAUUAUAAAAAUUAUUUUAUUUCAUCAUUCUAUAAUCAAAAGAUAAUCAUAAAGUAUUAAAAAAUGGCAAUAAGCUUAAGGUGUCUCUUCAGAAGUAAUUUCAAAUUACUGAACAACAAUAUCCUAUCACCAGUUUCACACAAUGUCACAAGAUCAAUCUACACUCCCAGUGCAUUGGGCAUGGACGGUUACACAGACACGAGAAAAAAUACCGCCUCACGAUUUCAAUCAGUAUCAGAAACUUUUCGUGCAAAAAUGAUGGAAUUUAUAAAGGAAGAAAACAAAAGUUUAAUAUUCACCGAGGAUUUAAAGGCAAUGUUGCAUAUUGUAGAAAAUAAUGAUGAUGAUAUUAAUCUUUUAGUGAAAAUGCUAACAAAAUAUAAUGCUCAAAAUAAUGAGCUUAGAUUUGGAAAUUAUGUGUUUGGUCCCAUUGUAAUGAGAGCAUUUUAUUUCUUGGACGUGCCAGAUGUGGCUUUACAAAUGUUCAAAGACAGUACAAUGAGUGGAUUUUUUGAUCAAUUGACAUCGUACCAAAUUUUGCUUUGUCUUUUAUUUAAACAUAAUAAAUUCGUUGAAAUGAGGGAAACUUACGAUAUAAUAAGAACUAAAAAUACUGGAAGCGUUGUACAUCCACAUAAUUCCAUUUUAGUAUUAUUAGCCGGAUGUUACAAGGAGAAUACACCAGAAAGCUUCGAAUAUGCAAUGAAUAUUUGGUCGGACCUAAGAAAACGAGGAUAUGAAGCGACUCGCAAAAGUGUUUGCUUAAUGGCCCUUUUAUCAAUUCGACAAGAAAAACCUGAAUUUGCAAUUGAAUUUUUGUCAAACUUUGCAUUAUUGCGACAUAUUGAUAUCAGAUGUACAAAAAUUGAAGCCUUCACAGCUUGCAAGAGAUUUGUGGAUAUCUAUCACUUCUUGAAUAAAAUGUUGCAGUCGGAUAAAUUUAUUCCAGGAACCACCAGACCUAUAACAUUCUUUAAAGACACAAUUGAAAAUUUGGAGAAAGCCUUGCAAGAAAAUGGUCCAGGAAAUGAAGAUCUUCAGAAUCUAAUAAAUGAAAUGAGAAUUCGAAAUCUCAUUCAGGACACGACAUUGGUAGAAUCAUUGUUGCAGCCAAUAGACAGACGAGCACCAACUGAUAAUAAAAAUGACCCAUCAAGAUUUCCAAAUAGACGAAAUUUCCAAGAUUUUGAACAAACGAAAUUUUCAAUGAGACGUUAGGUUUAAUUAUUAAUUUAUUAAGAGUAGUAUGGGAAAUUUUAAAGAAUAAUGAAUUCAAAAAAUUAUGAAAACAAUUUUUUUAGUUUUCCAAAGCAUUAAAAACGCAUUUAUAAAAUAAUUAUAAUAAUACAACAAAAUAUUUCAAAGAAAUAGUCAUUUCUAAUGUGUAAGAAUCCUUUAAAAAGUAAAUAAAGAAAAUCGUUUUUAAUUAA